CAAAACAAAGUCUGCCGGAGGAGUUCCUCUUCCUGGUUUUCCUCAAAAUUCUCGAGGUAACAGCGGCCGAUGCCUCAAAAUUCCACCAAAAUUUGUCGCUCCUGCUUGGAGGACAAGGGAAAGUUGAGGUCUCUGUUUGCUAAGAGCAGCAGACUUGGAGUGUCUAUCCUGGAAAUGUUUCAAUCAUUUGCAAACAUUCAAGUAUCUCAGGACGAUGGACUUUCUGGUCUUAUCUGUUAUAAUUGUCUGCAUCGUCUGGAGAAUGCUUACAAGUUCAAGAUAGUUUGCGAAUCCUCUGAUUACUAUCUGAAAGAAUGUCUCUUGAGGAAGAAAAAGGAUUCCACGCAGGAAGUUGAGAGUAAACAGCCAGAAAAUGGCAAGGAAAAGACUGACACAGUGCAGAAAGCGCAAGAGAAGAUAGUUAAGACUACUCCUACGAAGAGAGACUCUUACUCAAUAGCUAGUUUAAUGCCGGAAUUUGAUGAUAGCGAAAAGAAGGAAAAGUCUUGUGCGAAGAAAAAGAAAGAGCCACAGAAGUGUUUCAAAUGUGGCAAGACAUUCCAGUAUCCCGGCUAUCUCACUGCCCAUCUCCGGACACACACAGGAGUAAAGCCCUUCGAGUGUCCAAUUUGUAAGAAGAGAUUCGCACAAGCUGGGAAUGUGCAUCUCCACAUGCGAACGCAUAGUCGGGAGAGACGAUAUCAAUGCGAGAUCUGCAGCAAAAUGUUCACCACUUCCAGCAAUCUCUACGCACAUCAGAGGACUCACUCUGUAGAGAGAAAUUUCGCUUGCAACCUCUGUCCCAAGGCCUUCAAGUCAGCCGGGGAACUGGCCAGUCACUCGGGCACACACAGCGGCGUGAAGAAUCACAUCUGCAAGGUAUGUAGUAAGGCGUUCUACAAGACUUCCUACUUAAAUCUUCACAUCAAGACGGUUCACGUUGGUGAGAAGCGACACAGAUGCUCAGAAUGUGGCAAGGAAUUCUCCAGCAGUUCCAAUCUUACCUGUCACUUUCGCAUUCACACGGGAGAAAAGCCAUUUGCGUGCAAAUUCUGCGGAGAUAAAUUCAAUCAAUCCUCUGCGUUGAUUCGCCAUUCUAGACAACACACGGAUGGGAAGAAAAUUCCACUGAGAGACAACAAGUCUGGGACUUCUGAAACUCCUCGUAAGAGCGGAAGCUUCCAAGAAGCCGAAGAAGUCCCGCCAAAUCCUAUUUCUAUCCCAACAGUCACGUAUUCUUCGUACUAUUUGAAGCUUCAUGAGCCCCAGGAAACUCCUCCGGGGAUCAUUCUCUGUGAUCAGCCCCCAGAAACCACAUACGAGUACCCAAAGGGCCCCACAAUUGACUACAUCAAGAGUUACUCUGCAUUUUCCUUUAAUUCUCUCACUCAGUAG